CAACCAACGUUUGAUGAAGGAACGUCGAGGUGUACGACCGGCGCCGAAUAUGAGAUGCCUGGAAUGGGAAUACGACUCGACGCAGUAGAGGAAUGGAAAAUAUAAUUUAUAAGAACUGCAAGAUUUCCUGUUACUUUUCUCUUCCAGUUCAGCAUCAUACUCUCAUCAAUAAGCAUCACUUCGCUCUACUUAUCAAAUCAUCAAUCACAAUACCAUUGAUCACUUCUGCCUGUAAACCUCAUUGCAUUAUAAACACGAUUCGUACAUUACCGAAGCCCAAUCAAAAUGCAUUUCUCCACCGUCGUCACCCUUACCCUCUCCAUCUUCAGCGCCCGGGCGAUUGCAGACAAUUGCUAUAACCAUUUUCAAUACUGUGGCACAAGUUUGCUCGGGAUCGGCCAAUACCACGACACCAUGGUGCAAGCGCUCCGUACCGCCAAUCUCGGCUACGACGAUGAGAGCCUUUAUCACUCGGUCUUCACAUGCGUUGAAGAUGGCUUGCUGAUAUCGCCCCGGUACUGCGGCCUCUACAAAUGUGUGGUGGCGGGAACUGGAAGUGGAGGGAAUGAUACCUGUGUUGAUGACGUAGUUGUUUGAUGUAGAUUCUCGUGUCAGAGUUUAGCAUUUGGGAAUGAGGUUCUAGGGAGAGAGUGGGAGGUUUAGAGAUGAAAAGAUUAGGGGACACGAAGGAAAAGAGGAGAAUAUUUUGUACUAUUUUUUUUGGGCUUGCUGGUUGCUUUCAUGCUAUGUAUCGUUAUUAAACUCACACACUCGUUUAGCUUGUUUGGGGAAGGGGGGUUCAGACACUCGUCUGGAUCGAUUGCGUUGUUAUUAUUAUCUCUGCUUCAAAUUGGAAUUAGAAUUAGACCGUCAAGCGAAGAUAACUUAUCAUUUCAAAUUCAUCACGCCCCU